AUGCCGGAAUCCAAGAACUCGGAGUUUGAUCCUAAUACAAAAAAUAAGAGCGCAGAUGAAAUGUAUACUGAGCUCAACAAAAUUCCUUUCUUCAUGCAGUCUUUAGACGAUGUUGAAGAAGAGGAACAAAGUAAUGCUCAAUUGGAUGCCUUGAAGGCCUUGGCUUAUGAAGGGCAACCACACGAAGUUGCGCAGAAUUUUCGUGAACAUGGAAAUGAGUGUUUUGUCACAAAGCAAUACCGUGAAGCCGCUGAGUAUUAUACGAAAUCUUUGGCCGAAAAAUGCGGAAAACCAGAAAUCGAAAUUCCUUGCUACUCAAAUCGCGCGGCAUGUAAUUUGAUUUUUGAAAACUAUCGACAAGUACUGAACGAUUGUGCCCAGGUCCUUCAGCGUGACCCACAACACCCCAAAGCCUUGUUUCGCUCUGCAAAAGCUCUUGUUGCUUUGAAACGAUACGACGAAGCUGAGCGUUGUGUCCGGUUGUUUUCUGCUUCACAACAAGGCGAUCCUGCCGUUGAAGCUUUGAACAAAGAUUUAAAGAGAAAGCGAGACACUUUUGAAAAAUUUGAAGCAGAAAAGAGAAGAAUUGCAGAGGAAAGAAUUACCACCGCAAAAGUGGUUAUAGAAGCCAUGAAAGAACGUCGCAUUCGCACCAAAACUUCCGAGUAUCCCCCCGAUAUGGGAGAUGCUAUGGUCACGAUGAGCACAUUCAAUGACCCGAGAAGUGAAAUGUAUUUGCCUACUUUAUUACUAUAUCCUUUGACAUUGCAGUCUGAUUUUCUUCCCUCUGUCUCUGAAAAUACCACUCCUCAAGAGCUAUUGGAAAUGGUAUUCUCAGAACAGGCACCUUGGGAUUCUGAAUUUUUGUACCGACCUGAUUCUUUGGACGUCUUUGCCGCGACCUCUACUGGUGGUCUCAUGAAGGUCGGAAAACGCGUCCCCAUGUUACAGGCACUUAUACAUCCAAAGGCUGUAUUGACAGAUGGCCUUGUUCAGUUCCACGUUGUUCCUACUUCUCAGACCUCUGCAUUUAUUACUUCAUGGAAACAAAACAAGAGCUCUUAA